AUGCGAUCCACAAUUAAAGUCUUAGCAAAGGCCUUCGUGAUCACAUUUGCAGUUGCUCAAAACACAACCGCAUCAACAAAUACCACGACCGCCGCCGAAGGCAUCCUCUCUUCUGGAGAUGUCGAUCUCGGAACUUGGACAGAUGCAUAUGCUAAAGCAGUGGCACUUAUAGCAGAACUUACUAACGAAGAGAAAAUUACCAUCAUCACUGGAGGAUCGGUGACUUCGGUCAAUUGGACUGCACUCGAAUUCAAGGACGGAACGCAGAGCGUCCAAGGCUACGACUAUGUGACAGGUUUCAGCGAAGCUUCGACUCUGUCUAUGACAUGGGACAAGACUUUGAUGUACAACCAACUCAAAGCUGUAGCUCUCGAAUUCUACGGAAAAGGGUUUCAAGUCACAAAUGGACCUACUUCCCAACCCCUCGGACGGACUCCUUGGGGUGGACGGCUUGUCGAGACGCUCGGCCAAGAUCCUUACCUAAAUGGUAUUGCAUUCGGAAUCGGAGCGAAGGCAUUUUCUGACGCCGGAAUCGUCGCUGGUGGCAAGCAUUUCUUGCUCAAUGAGCAAGAGACAAAUCGUCAGGCUUCUGGCUCUGAUAGUGAUGUUGCUCCUUACUCUAGUGUGGCUGAUGAUAAGACUCUGCACGAGACGUACCUCUGGUCCUUCUACGACGGCGUGAAGAAUGGUCUUGGAGCCGUAAUGUGCGCCAUGACGAAGGUUAAUGGAACCCUUUCUUGUGAAAAUGAAGACCUUCUUCAAGGACUUCUGAAAACGGAGCUUGGGUUCCCUGGCCUUGUAUUUCCUGAUGUUGGUGGGCAAACCACAGCAUUCGGAUCUGCCAAUGGCGGACUCGACUACGGUUCCUCAAGCUACUGGACAAAUGCGACACUCCAAGCAGGCAUCAACAAUGGAUCCUUCACCCAGGCCCGCCUCGAUGACAUGGCUGUCCGAAACGUUAUCGGAUACUUCAAGGUCGGACUUGAUAACGGCACUCAACCAGCCUAUGUUGACGCAGAUGCAUACGUCGAUGUUCGUGCCAAUCAUAGCACGAUUGUUCGAACUAAUGGCGCUGCUUCCCUCAUUCUUCUGAAGAACACCAACAGUGCAUUACCGUUGAGCAAGCCGAAGUCCAUGGCUCUCUUCGGGUCACAUGCUGGACCAAUCAUGGCUGGUCCCAAUUAUAUAUUCUCUGUCCAGGGUUCUGGGCCAACAUAUGCAGGUCACUUGGCAGGCGGUUCUGGUUCUGGACAGACCAGUUUCCCUUACCUCAUCACCCCACAACAAUCUCUAACCAACAAAGCCUCUUUGGAUGGAACGAUGAUUCGAUGGAUCUUGAACAACACUUAUACCAGCACCACCACGGGUGGCUUUGGUGGUGGUACCGCGCCAAGUGGAAAUUCAACCACUUCCACCUUAGCCAAGCGUGCUGGAGGAGCCGCCAUCGCUGGUCUCAGUGGCGGAACCUCGCUCUCACAAAAUAUCCCUGACUACGCUACUGGAGCUGAAGUCUGCAUGGUAUUCAUCAACGCAUUGUCGGGUGAAGGAGCCGAUCGGACUGAGCUGAGAAAUACUGAGCAAGAUGACCUCGUCUCAUCUGUGGCAGAGAAUUGCAACAACACAAUAGUAGUUGUUAACACUGUCGGUGCCCGUAUCCUGGAUGCAUGGAUCGAGAAUGAGAAUGUCACGGCAGUGGUUUAUGGUGGUCUCCUUGGGCAAGAAUCAGGCAACUCUCUGGUUGACGUCCUUUAUGGAGGUGUGAACCCAAGCGGUCGACUUCCUCACACCAUUGCUAAGAACGAGAGCGAUUACAAUGUUGGAAUCUGCGAGACGGCUGUUUGCAACUUCACGGAAGGCAAUUACAUCGAUUACAGAUAUUUCGACAAGUACAAUGUCACCCCGAGAUACGAGUUCGGAUACGGUCUGUCAUACACCACAUUCGAUUACUCUGGCUUGAGUGUGAACAUCACAAAUUCGACAGCUCUCGCUUCAACCUACCCCACUGGCAUAUUAGCUGUCGGUGGGAAGACCGAUCUCUGGGACGAAGUAAUCAGCGCUUCUGUUACUGUCACCAACAAUGGUACUCUAGACGGUAGCGAGGUCUCUCAGCUUUACGUUGCUUACCCCGAUGCUGCUGAUCAACCGGUCAGGCAGCUCAGAGGAUUUGAGAAGACUUUGAUUACUAGUGGCUCUAGUGCUACAGUCACAUUUAAUGUCAGGAGGAGGGAUAUCAGUAUGUGGGAUGUUCAGGCUCAGGAUUGGGCUGUUGUCGGUGGUGAUUAUGUUUUCAGUGUUGGUGCUAGCUCGCGGGAUUUGAGAGUUUCGCAAACGGUCACUGUUGGUGCUUAAG